CAGAACCAUGUUCGCCGCGCUGUGUAUUCUGGGAAGACACAGUAGUUUCAAGAUGGCGGCGAGCAGGAGGCUGGCCAAGGAACUUGAAGAGAUCCGCACGUCUGGAAUGAAGAACUUCAGAAACAUUCAAGUCGAUGAAUCAAACCUUUUGUCAUGGCAAGGGCUAAUUGUUCCUGACAACCCCCCAUAUGACAAAGGUGCGUUCAGGAUCGAAAUCAUUUUCCCCACCGAGUAUCCUUUCAAGCCUCCCAAGAUCACAUUCAAGACAAAGAUCUAUCACCCCAACAUCGAUGAGAAGGGCCAGGUGUGCUUGCCUGUGAUCAGUGCAGAGAACUGGAAGCCUGCCACCAAAACUGACCAAGUAAUUCAGUCCCUCAUCGCGCUGGUGAACGACCCCCAGCCGGAGCACCCCCUGAGGGCGGACCUAGCAGAAGAAUACUCAAAGGACCGUAAAAAAUUCUUGAAGAACGCUGAAGAGUUUACAAAGAAACACGGCGAGAAGCGGCCAAUGGACUGACCACCUGAUGAGCUCGUAGCCCUCUCUCUGUGUCUUUCUUCCCCCUCUCCUCUUCUCUCGCCUGCCCAACCAAAUACCGAUCUCACUCCCACCUCUGUGCUCUCCAUCCACCUCACCUCACCACCCCUCUCACUCACUCCUCCCCCCACCCAAAACGCCCCCACCCCUGCCGCCCAGGAGCCGCCCAGCUGAAGCCAGGCCGUGGCAGCCUUAGCCGCCCUCCCCAUCCAGGACUCUCUGUGGAUCAGACAGCUUCCUCUCCUCUCCUCCUCCUCCUCCUCCUCAGCCAUAAACAUCCAAACCAUUUCUAACUUUCUACUCUUUUCUCAAAGUGAAAAACGGAAAAACAGAAAUGCUUAGGGAGCGUGAUGUGCAGAUGAAGAGUUGGAUGAUGUGUUAACUUCCAUCUAUAUAAACGACUCUAGUGUUAGAUAAAUCUCACAUAGACAUGUUUUUCUGAGGUGUUUAAUUUUUUGCGGAGCAGGAAAAGAGGUCGAUGAGUCUUUCAUCAAUAAUCUGAACUGAAAAAAAACAAACGUGACUGAAAGUAAAGAGGUCGUAGCUCAGACUGAGACGUUCCCCUCACCACAACUGCUUCUAGACUUGCACUGUUACCCCCCCCCACCCCACAUACACACACACACACACACACACACACACGUGUAAGAAGUAAAUUGUUUUUGCUCAAAAUGCUAAAGAGGAUUCUUGAGUGUUAAAGUAAAAGCAGUUUGUUUUCAGACGUGCAGAUCAUCCGACACGCACGUACGCACACACCCUCUCAUCUGUACUUUAAUGGAGUCCUGCGACACACAUCAGUUGCACUCUAAGACCCUGCUGUUAAAGUUUCCUGCAUCACAAAAGGCUACUGUGACUUUCUUUUUACUUAUUAACUCAUUUUUUUUUCUUUCUCCACCGUAACAUGUUUGAUUGGCACUUGAUAUAUUAAAUUGGUGGGAAUGUGGGAAGAAGUCGUUGUGUUAAUUUGUAUCCUCCACGUCUCCUCUGGGCACCGCUGAAUACGUUCAAACCAUUCACCACACCGAGACGUGAUCCAGCAGCAGGUUGAUUUGUAGCUGAGCGGGGCCUGAGUGUAGGGGGGUGAGGAGGAGCUCGAAGAGGACACACUCAGCACCUGGGAGGGGGCUGGCUGUCCGGGGACGUGAUAUGGGACAUGGGGAGGGCAGUGGCCACAACUCCACCAUGUAACAGCUGUUUGAUCUGGUCCCAAUACUGUUUCAUAAUAAAGAUGGCUAACCAUUUGGCCUCACUGUC